CUCUGGAGCAGACUGUAUCCACAGCCCUCCCUCACAUACUCAGAUGGUAAGGAGCUGGGGGACAGCAGGCGCACUAUUGGUGAUUGUGGGCAGAGUCCGCUCACCUUGGGGCUGGAGGGCAGACAGAGAGGGGCAGAACCACACCACCCGCAAGCUCAGAGCCUCCUCUCAGACAUCUCCUUCACUUCUCGUUUCUCCCAGGAUCCUGGCACUGUAUUCCCAGCCACAGACCGGGAAUGUUGUACUGAAGGCAUUGACCAACACAAGAAGUUGCUUUGACCAACACCAGCAGAUGCGACAUGAGCACAGACCGGAACUCGAAGAGGGGGCAGUCUGCCCCAGUUGCUGGAGGAGACUCACCAUCGGGACAUCGGACUGAGAUGGUCUCACCGUCCAACCCAGAGAGUUACAGCAUCGCGCCCCUCACCCCAUCCCAGACCCCGAGAUCCCUCGGCACCGGGCCACGGUUUCGGCCGUUCAGUGUGGUGGUGGCUAUCGACUUUGGCACCACGGCCAGUGGCUAUGCAUUUAGUCUGGUACAGGACCCUGAAACCAUCCACAUGAUGAGGCGAUGGGAGGGUGGUGAUCCUGGAGUCGCCAAUCAGAAAACUCCAACCAGUCUGCUCCUGACUCCUAACGGCAGUUUCCACAGCCUGGGCUACACAGCCAGAGACCACUACCAUGACCUGGACCCUGAGGAAGCAAGGGACUGGCUGUACUUUGAGAAGUUUAAGAUGAAGAUUCACAGCACCUGUGACCUCACCAUGGAGACGGAGUUGGAGGCUGUCAAUGGGAAGCGGGUCAAAGCCCUCGAGGUGUUUGCUCAUGCCCUGAGAUACUUCCGGAAGCAUGCUCUCAAGGAGCUGAGUGACCAAUUCUCGGUCGGCCUGGACACGGGUGAUGUCCGCUGGGUAAUCACCGUGCCUGCAAUCUGGAAACAACCCGCCAAGCAGUUCAUGAGGGAAGCAGCUUAUCUGGCCGGCCUAGCCUCUCCCGAAUACCCUGAGCAGUUGUUGAUUGCUCUGGAACCUGAGGCAGCAUCGAUUUACUGCCGGAAACUCCGUCUUCACCAACUCAUUGACCUCAGCAACAGAGACACAGCCAAUGGGUACGGCCCGGAAACUUCCAUCGUCUCCAGCUUCAGGCAAGCUCGGGAGCAGCUUCGACGUUCCCGACACAGUCGGACAUUCCUGAUGGAAAGUGGAGUUGGAGAUUUGUGGGCGGAGAUGGAGACAGGGGACCGGUAUAUUGUGGCAGACUGUGGUGGUGGCACAGUGGAUCUGACCGUUCACCAGAUCGAGCAGCCGCAGGGGACGCUGAAGGAACUCUACAAAGCCUCAGGGGGACCUUAUGGAGCUGUUGGAGUGGACAUCGCCUUCGAGAAGAUGCUGGGCCAGAUCUUUGGCAGUGAUUACAUUGAGCAUUUUAAGGUGAAGCGACCGGCAGCCUGGGUGGACCUGAUGAUUUCGUUUGAAGCCCGGAAACGGACUGCCUCCCCCAAGAGGCUUAACCCUCUCAAUAUCUCCUUACCGUUCUCCUUCAUCGACUACUAUCGCAAAUAUAAAGGGCAGAGUGUGGAAACUGUGCUGAAAAAGAGCAGCACCUCACUGGUCAGGUGGUCUUCCCAGGGAAUGCUGCGAAUGACUCCCCAGGCCAUCACAGAGCUCUUCCAGCCCACAGUCCGCCAGAUCGUGGCACAUAUCGAGAAGCUGAUGAGGAAGCCGGAGGUGUGUGGAGUGAAGUUCCUGUUUUUGGUGGGGGGGUUUGCCGAGUCUCCCAUCCUGCAGCUGGCUGUCCAACAGGCGUUCAGCUCCCGCUGCCGGGUCAUCAUUCCCCAAGACGUGGGUCUCACCAUCCUGAAGGGGGCGGUACUGUUUGGCCUUGACCCUACCAUCGUGCGGGUCCGGCGCUCCCCUCUCACCUAUGGCGUUGGCGUCCUCAACAAGUUUGUGGAAGGCAAGCACCCUAGGGAGAAGCUGCUGGUCAAAGAUGGCAUCCAGUGGUGCACGGACAUCUUUGACCGGUUUGUGUCCGUGGACCAGUCGGUGGCACUGGGUGAGGUGGUGCAGCGCAGUUACACGCCCGCCCGGCCUGGCCAGCGCAAGAUUAUCAUCAACGUGUACUGCAGCAGCCAGGACAACGUCCAGUACAUCAGUGACCCGGCGGCGCGCAAGUGCGGCACGGUCAGUCUGGACCUGUCGGAGGCGGACAGCUCCCCGGAGCAGCGGCGGCGCCGGGAGAUCCGCACCAGCAUGCAGUUCGGAGAUACCGAGCUCCGAGUCACCGCCCUGGACGUGGCCACCUCACAAUCCGUCAGAGCCUCCAUCGACUUCCUGUCCAAUUAACUGUGUCCGA